CAGGAUCAGGAUGAAGGUCGCCUUUCCGUGAAGCUAAAGAUCACCUAGCCUAAACCCAGAGCACCCUAGAAAAGUCUCACUAAAAGAAUGCUCAUGUUUGAUCCGGUUCCUGUCAAGCAGGAGGUCAUGGACCCCGUCACGGUGUCCUACCCAACGAAUUACAUGGAGUCCAUGAAGCCCAACAAGUACGGGGUCAUCUACUCCACCCCGCUAUCCGAUAAGUUCUUUCAGACGCCUGAAGGCCUGGCACACGGGAUGCAGAUGGAGCCGGUGGACCUCACGGUGAACAAGCGGAGCUCACCCCCCUCUGCUGGGAGCUCCCCUUCCUCGCUCAAGUUCCAGACCUCACACCGGAGAGCCUCGCCCGGCUUGAGCAUGCCUUCCUCCAGCCCCCCGAUGAAAAAGUACUCGCCCCCUCCCCCUGGAGUGCAGCCCUUUGGGGUGCCACUGUCCAUGCCUCCAGUGAUGGCCGCAGCGCUUUCUCGGCAUGGUAUUCGGAGCCCCGGGAUCCUGCCUGUCAUACAGCCAGUGGUGGUGCAGCCCGUCCCCUUCAUGUACACCAGUCACCUCCAACAGCCGCUCAUGGUCUCCUUGUCGGAAGAGAUGGAAAAUUCCAACAACAGCUUGCAAGUUCCUGUAAUUGAAUCAUAUGAGAAGCCUAUAUUACAGAAAAAAAUUAAAAUAGAACCUGGGCUCGAACCACAGAGGACGGACUACUAUCCCGAAGACAUGUCACCCCCUCUGAUGGACUCUGUGUCCCCUCCACAAGCAUUGUUGCAAGAGAAUCACCCGUCGGUCAUUGUGCAGCCUGGGAAGAGACCGUUACCUGUAGAAUCUCCAGACACGCAGAGGAAACGGAGGAUACACAGAUGCGACUAUGAGGGAUGCAACAAAGUGUACACAAAAAGUUCUCAUUUGAAAGCACACAGGAGGACACACACAGGAGAAAAGCCCUACAAGUGUACAUGGGAAGGAUGCACGUGGAAGUUUGCUCGGUCCGAUGAACUGACAAGACAUUUCCGGAAACACACUGGCAUCAAACCCUUCCAGUGUCCAGACUGUGACCGCAGCUUCUCGCGCUCCGACCACCUUGCCCUGCAUAGGAAGCGCCACAUGUUGGUGUGAAGGCCUCUGUCCCCCCCCAUCUCCUCGAGGCUCCCCCACGUGCCCGGCUCUCUUGCUGUCCACCCUCCCAUUCUCUGAUGCAUUUUUUACAUGUACGUUUUCCUUUGAUUCAGCUGGCCUGAGUCUCCGAAUUUCUAUCAUCCAAAAUCUCCACAUGGUCAGUAGUAGAGCUAUCUCGUCCUCCCUCUCCUUACCACGGGUCAGACCUAAAGAAUGUGAACACUUUUUUUUUCUGGGGAUGCUAAGCAAACCCUUAGAGAUACAUAUAAUGUAAUGAGAUCAAGGGAACAUGUCAACUCACAUUAACCCAUUGUCGGUUUUUCUCUUUGUAUUCCUUGAAAGAACGUCAACAAGUAAAUGUAUUCGAAAUCUA